AUGCCGGGGACCACAGGGGUGCACACCGUGGCCGAGAAACGAGGAGCAGCAGGGGCUCUGUCCGGUCCCUGCCCGUGCGGCAGCAGCGAUGGGCAGGGCAUUCUGCCCGUGGCUCCCCUGAGCAGCCCCUCACCCCCCCUGCUUGCAGCUGCGCUGUCGCCCUUCGCGGCAACCCGGCGAAUCGGACACCCCUACCAGAACCGCACACCGCCCAAGCGGAAGAAGCCACGCACCUCCUUCAGCCGGGUGCAGAUCUGUGAGCUGGAGAAGCGCUUCCAUCGCCAGAAGUACCUGGCCUCGGCCGAGCGCGCCACCCUGGCCAAGGCCCUCAAGAUGACGGAUGCCCAGGUCAAGACCUGGGUCCAGAACCGCCGCACCAAGUGGAGGGAAAAAAGACCGAGGCAGACGGCGGAGGAGCGCGAGGCAGAGCGCCAGCAGGCCAACCGCCUGAUGCUGCACCUGCAGCAGGAGGCCUUCCAGAAGAGCCUGAGCCAGCCACUGCCCCAGGACCCGCUCUGCAUGCACAACUCCUCCCUCUACGCCCUGCAGAACCUGCAGCCCUGGGCUGAGGACAACAAGGUGACAUCCGUCUCAGGGGUGGCCUCCGUGGUGUGA